UUCAUGUGUAAGACUGUAAAAUCAAAGAAAAGGUCACUGUGUGCUUAAUAUGGAUGGCCAUGAAAGCUGCAAUUGGGUCUUGAUAUUUAUUCUAUGUCAGAAUCUUUUUCUAGUGUCUUCCUUCCCACCAAAACCCUUUUCAACGCCUCUAUCAUUGCUGCCAUCCAUCUUCUGCAAAUCCAGCAUCAUCCACUGGAUCUUUCAGCCCCUUUGAUGUGAUAGGAAGCCUAUUCUUGGAAUCCCACUUGCAUGACGAGUUCUGUUGUUGCUCCAGCUUCACUGGAAACCAUUUCUGGGCUCAUUGUUGUGUGCUGGCACCAAUUCUGAGAACAGGUUACCUGCAAACUUCCCGGAUCUUUGGUCUAGCAUGUUGUGGUUCAUAUCCUGUUGCUUCUAGUUGUGCCAACCAUCCUUCUUGGUAACAUUGGAAGCAAAUUUCAGGUUUCAUCCUAUUCAUAUCAGCAGUAGUUGGUUGGAUUCAUUUGAUCUAUUUGGUUUUCUUUUACAAUGGCUGAAAAGCCCACAUCUUAACAAGACACGUGUCCUUUAAAAAAUUAUCCUUUAAAUGUUGUAACCUUGAGCAUCUCAUUGUUACUGUGUUAUUCUUUUGCAUUACUCAGGUUCCUUCGGUUGUAGUUACAUAUACCUCCCUGUUCUGUAGCAUAGGUCCUGGAUCACUGUACUGGAGACAGACACAUCGGCCGGCUGUACUGCAAUCUCUUGGAUGCAUAGCACAAACUGCAAUGCCUGUUUAUGAAACCAAAGAGGGGGAAAUUGUGGGUUUUAUAACGAGUAAAAUAUUAGAGUGCGGCAGCGAGCUAAAACCUCUUAGGAAAAACAAAGUGAACUUUGUUUAUUGAAGGUCAGUCAAGUUUUGCAUUGCAGGUAUUUGGUAUUAAAACCUUGGUGAAAAGCUUUUUACCUAUUAAAGAUGCUCAUCUGCGGCCGGGGAUGGAAACCCUUUUGGAAAUCCUAAAAAACAUGCUCUCUUUUGGAGACAUUUCAAAGGUUGUAAAACCGGGAAGGAUCGACAUGAUAGAAGGGUUGGAAACUGUGGCUAACCUCAAUAUACCUAAGGAUCUUUCAAGUCAAGAAGCAAAUGUGUAUCUGCGAGAUGCAUGCGCAAGAUUUGAUGUCAAGUGUCCCCCUCCUCAAACUACAACACGACUGUUAGACAAGCUGGUGGGGCAUUUCUUGGAGGAGACAUGCAUAAAUCCUACUUUUAUCAUAAAUCAUCCAGAGAUAAUGAGCCCAUUGGCUAAGUGGCAAAGAUCGAAACCCUGCUUGACAGAGCAUUUUGAACUCUUCGUAAACAAGCACAAGCAUACAUGGCUGACUCCAAUGGUGAUGGUUGUAGAAAAACUGAAGAUGUUAAUGCAACUGACAAUCAUGGUUUUUUUUUUUUUUCCCUCUGCCACAACUUGACAGUCAUUGAAAUCAACUGAUUCAAGUGAGAUUUUACAAGGACAUUGUUAAUGAACUACACAUGCAUUGGAUUCUUUUCUUCAGUUUGAUCUCCAAAUUCUUGCAUUUUACUACUGACAAUAUUUGUUUUAGUUGCAAUGCAUGUUUGGGGAUCGAUUUAUAUUUUCUUCUAUUCU